AGACAACCAAUCAAUACUCGUAACAGACUAAACACAUAAAGAUUAUGAAAGAAAACAAAAACACAAGAAAGAGAGAGGGAGAGAAUUGAGAUGCAAAUGUAAAGUAAAAAGGCACAGAUAGAGGGAAAUUAUGAGUGCUAGCCCAUAUGAAAUUAGAUCCAAAACGUUUAUCUCUCGCCCUUUUCUUUUCCUUUCUCUCCUUUUAAGACAAAAGAAUAAAAUAUUUUGCAGAGAUAGAAACAUCUUCUUCCAAAACACCCAACUUGCCCCUUUAAUUUGUUGCAGCAGUUACGUUUUCUGGGUAUGAAAUUUACAUGCCAACUAUACAUUAAAGAAGUUCAGUUGUAAAAUUAAUGAGAGAAAAGUAAGGCAACGGUAACCAUCAGUUUGUAGGUUCCUUAAGGGGCUGGUUGGGAAUUUGCAUAGGUUAACGGAACUUUUUGACGAGUGAAAAGUGAAGCGGGGGAGAUAGAGAUGUAACUAGAGAGGGAGCGCUAAUAGUUGGACGGCAAGUGCAAUGUUUUUCUAAUGGCAAAAGAAGAGUUGUGAAGUGGGCGUGCGCCAUGGAAGCUCCAAAACCAGAAGAGAUAAGCCAUCCACCAAUGGACCAACUUCAAGGCCUUGAGUACUGUAUUGACUCGAACCCGUCAUGGGGGGAGGCAAUAGCUCUGGGUUUCCAGCAUUACAUUUUGGCCUUAGGAACUGCAGUUAUGAUCCCAACAUUCCUUUUCCGUUUGAUGGGCGGCACAGAUAAUGAUAAAGUGAGGGUGGUACAGACUCUGCUUUUUGUUGAAGGAAUUAAUACAUUACUACAAACAUUAUUUGGGACCCGGUUGCCAACCGUGAUCGGAGGAUCUUAUGCAUUCAUGGUCCCCAUUAUAUCCAUAAUUCAUGAUAAGUCCCUGAUGAGCAUCGAAGACCCUCAUCUGAGAUUUCUUAACACCAUGAGAGCAGUCCAAGGUGCUCUGAUAGUGGCAUCAAGCGUACAAAUUAUUUUGGGAUUCAGUCAAAUGUGGGCCAUCUGUUCCAGGUUCUUCAGCCCUGUUGGAAUGGCCCCUGUGAUUGCGCUGGUGGGUUUUGGUCUGUUUGAUAGAGGUUUCCCUGUGGUUGGACGGUGUGUGGAAAUUGGCGUUCCCAUGCUUAUUCUGUUUAUAGCCUUUUCCCAGUACUUAAAAAAUUUUCAGGCAAGACAACUUCCAAUACUAGAGAGGUUUGCUCUCUUGAUAUCAAUCACUGUGAUAUGGGCAUAUGCACACCUCUUGACAGCCAGUGGCGCAUACAGACAUCGACCAGAUUUAACCCAACUUAACUGUCGAACUGACAAGGCCAAUCUCAUUUCUUCUGCUCCAUGGAUAAAGAUCCCAUACCCUCUUCAAUGGGGUGCUCCAACCUUUGACGCUGGUCAUGCUUUUGGAAUGAUGGCUGCUGCUCUAGUUUCAUUGAUUGAGUCAACUGGUGCUUACAAGGCUGCAUCACGUCUAGCAAGCGCUACACCACCUCCAGCUUAUGUUCUUAGCCGUGGUAUUGGCUGGCAGGGAAUUGGGAUCCUGCUGAGUGGACUCUUUGGAACAUUGACUGGCUCAACAGUCUCCGUAGAAAAUGUAGGGCUUCUGGGAAGCACUCGUGUUGGAAGCCGCAGGGUUAUCCAAAUCUCUGCUGGUUUUAUGAUAUUCUUCUCUAUGCUAGGAAAAUUUGGAGCCUUGUUUGCAUCAAUACCCUUCACUAUAUUUGCUGCGGUGUAUUGUGUUUUGUUUGGUCUUGUUGCUUCGGUGGGUCUGUCAUUUCUGCAAUUCACGAACAUGAACUCGUUGAGGAACCUCUUUAUCACAGGUGUAGCCUUCUUCCUAGGUUUGUCUGUUCCCGAGUAUUUUAGGGAAUACACUGCCAAUGCUCUUCAUGGUCCUGCACAUACCAGUGCUGGAUGGUUCAACGAUUUCCUUAAUACAAUCUUCUUUUCAUCCCCGACUGUUGCAAUGAUUGUUGCAAUUUUCUUGGACAACACACUCGACUACAAGAAUAGUGCCAGAGACAGGGGAAUGCCAUGGUGGGUUAAAUUUCGGACAUUUAAGGGAGACAGCCGUAAUGAGGAGUUCUACACCCUCCCUUUUAAUCUCAACCGUUUCUUCCCUCCCUCUUGAACAAGUGGUGCCCAUUAAGAAGAAAGAUGUCAGAGGAAAAGCAUCAUUUCCUGUUCCUGAUGAGGAUUACAUGAUUUGGUCACAAUUUCCGUGAAAGAAGAGUGCAACAAAGAUCAAUAUCUUCUCUGAAUGGCAAAGGAAUGCCACCUUUGCUUGCUCUUCCUUUUUGUCAUUGCUUUAUAAUAUAUUUGACUCGGAUUUUCUGGGGUAUAAUGCAAUAAAAACUAAUUUGUACGUCC